AUGGACGCAUCUGCUCUCCCGCCGCUGCCGCUCCUAUUCAUGCUCAUGCUCACGAGCGGCGGCGACUUGGGAUCUAAGUGCCUGGAAGAUCUUUUGCCCUCCAGAAAUAGCACGCGAGGUCUCGUUCCAGACAUGGACCCAGCUGGCAAUAAAAGGCCCGUGUACGGCGGGUCAGUUGCAGAUCCAUCACCCAAAGCAUGA